AUGGGCCCGUGUGUUGGUCUGCUUCCUCUACUGCUGCUACUUCCCAUCCUGCUCUCUGCCCAGCUCACCACUGUGUCUGAACUCGAGGACACGUCCAGCUUGGAGUUCACCCCAACUCCUUGUCUUACUGACCCAAAUACCGUAGCAGGGAAGAGCUCGUCUUCCAGUGCUCAACCCACCAGUCCGGCUCCAGUAAAUGUGAGCACGGAGGAGGACCAGUCUGCUGCGGAGAGCUACCUCUACACUGGCAAUUUGUCUUCUUUGGCUGCCUCUACCUGCACACGGAGUUUCCAGCUGCCUGUUCGACUGGGAUCUCCGCCUAGAGACCUUCUCCCUCUCUUGCACCAAGCUGUAGCGUCUCUGACCAAUGCUGCCAACUUUCUCAACCUGAUAUUCCAAGCUAGUGAGCUGAGAGAAACGAGUGUACGAGAGGAUAUCGAGUGGUACCAUGCACUGGUGCGGGCCAUGCUCGAAGGGGACAGGCCGGGCCUGGUCAGACGAGCUUUUCUAACAUUCGACGCAGACCCCACAAUUCAACAGCCCCAACUGGUGCUCCGUGCCUCCAAAGGCACAACCCAGGACAUUCUUCUGCAGGACCUGACGUCUGUCUGGAGCAGCUUCCGUCCUCCUGCACCUGACCAAAGCUGGUUCGAUACGUUUAAGUCUAGCUCUCCACCCCUCCAUGCCUUGUCGAAACGGGUUCUUCUAAAUGACCUUAGCACCCUAGACACUCCCAAGUGGGCACGUGGGGAUAGUUAUGUGAUGAAAAGCAGUGGGGUUCAGUGGGGCGAAACCCCUUUCCUUGAGUGUGUUGAUGGCCGUUUUUUGCCAGGGUGGUUACUCAGUCUCUCAAUGCCAUUUUAUGGGUUGAAGCCAGACCUCAACCCAGAGUUCAGGGGUGUUAUCCGUGUCGACGUCAACAUCCAGGGAUUCAGUGUGGAUCAGUGUGCCAGUGGAGACUUCUGGUUUGCAAACACACAUCAAUGUAAUCGGACCAGCAUGGAGUGUGAAUCCAUCCCACAACAGGGCUUCCGGAUGGGUCAGUACUGCUGCCGAUGUAAAAAGGGCUACUACAGUCCAAAUCCAGGCACAGAAAACAAGAGGAACAACCGUGUGAAUAUUACCCAAGCUUGUUACCCAGAAGUCCCUGUGUGUCUGCCCUGUUGGCCCGGCUGUGAUGAGUGUGAAGAUGGAGCCCCAUGUUGGGUGCAGGAAGACUGGCUCCUGAGGACAGGCGUCCUGGCUGUGCAGGGCCUCUUCAUGGUCCUUGUGCUUAUCAGCAUGCUGGUGGCAUAUCAGUGCAGGAGAACCAAGCGGAUCCGAUCGUCGGGGCUUUUGUUGCUUGAGAUGAUCCUGUGUGGCUCUCUCUUGCUUUACUUCCCAGUCUUCAUUUUAUACUUCAAACCCAGCACUUUCCGGUGUAUUCUGCUUCGCUGGGUCCGUCUGCUUGGCUUCGCCAUUGUUUAUGGAACUGUGACGCUCAAGAUAUACCGGGUUCUGAAGGUGUUUCUGUCGCGUACGGCCCAGAGAGUGCCAUACAUCACUACCACAGGUGUGCUGAGGAUGCUGGGAGUUAUAGUGCUUACUGUCAGCUGGUUCCUGUGUGCGUGGACCGUGGGCGUCCUUCAGAAUCGAGACCGGAACGUUCCACUGCUGAUCAUUUCCACCACCUCAGAAGGACAAGGCUUCAAUGUGUGUGACCUGGACCGGUGGGACUACAUGAUGGCUGUGGCGGAGCUGUUAUUUCUGUGCUGGGGCAGUUUCCUGUGCAGUGCAGUGAAGACGGUACCUUCAGCAUUUCAUGAACCACGUUACAUGAGCAUCGCAAUCCACAAUGAGCUACUGCUCUCCUCCAUGUUUCAUCUUUUCAGAUUUGCAAGACCAUCAAUUCAUCCUGACUGGAUGCUCUUGCUGUUCUUCACUCACACGCAUGUCACGAUUACAGUAACACUCGGCCUGCUUUUUGUACCCAAGUUCCUCCACAUGUCUCGGCCCGGGCGAGAGGAAAUAGCUGCAGAAGUAUAUGAGGAUGAGGUGGACUUGCGACGCUCGUGUUCUUACCUCAACAGUAGUUUCAACUCUAACUGCUGGAGUGACCACAGCCUGGACCCUGAUGACAUUCGGGAUGAGCUGAAGAAACUGUAUUCUCAGCUGGAAGUUCACAAGACCAAGAGGAUGGCAAACAGCAAUCCCCACCUUCCGAAGAAGCGCAGUUCUCGCCUCAGUAUUGGACGGUCCCUUAUAAAACGGAUCAGUGAGAUCCCAGAAAGUUUAAGCAGGCAAUGCAGUCGUGAAGAUAAGGAUGUCAAUGCUGCAAUAGGAAGUAUAACCCGAUCAGGAUCUUAUUACAAAAGUUAUCAGACCACAAGCAUUAACAAGGUGACUGAAACUUUAAUGCAGCCCUCUCCAAAGCUGCGGAAGUCCCUUAGUGCCUAUGAUUGUACCCCAGAAAGGGAGGUCUCCCUAUUAAACUCCUCCAUAAGGAGCAAAGAGAAAAGGGUUUCACUGCAUUCUGACUCAGGAUCCAUCAACGCAACAUUGCUGGUCUGCAAGUCUGCCAGUGCCCACAAUCUAUCGGUAGACACUAACCUUCUACUUCCAGAGCCCAGCAGGUUUCAAAAGUCACUUAGUGUCAUAGAACGCAAUGACCAUCGCUCUGUGACUACUUGUAGAAGCACUGAAAAUGUUUCGCUUUCUAGCAAAGCUGCCCCAGCGGAUAAGCCCCAGCUGACUGUGGAUGUUGAUAUAAAGAGGCAGACUUCAAGUGCCUUGCUCUCAGAGUCAUUCGACAAGGCCGAGGUCUGCCCGUGGGAGGUUCCAGAGGAGCUCCCUGCAAACAGGAACCAAAAACACGUCACAUAUUCCAUUUCGAAACAAGAGGAACCCAAAUCACCUGGUGCUACCUCGUCACCAACGAUGUUAUAUAUUUGUCCAUGGGAAUUCUUGCCACCUCCUACUCCUCCUGCAGCAGAAACUGGGAAUGGUAUUCAGUCAGAUGUUGAUCCCACAAAACCCAAACCUCCGAUCUCCUGUAGCGCUCCAGGGUCGCCACACACAAUCUCCGGCAAGCCGAAGGACUUUAGGGUUUUCUCUUUCCGCUCCACUACCCAAAGUCUCCUAGCAGCAAAAGGCAUUGGGGAAGUUGGAAGUAGUAUGAGCAGAGAGAAAAGCCCACAAGAAGGUAAUGUUAGGGAGGGAACACUACAGAAAUCUUUGUCUACAUCCAUGAGAUUGUACCCAGGCACUGCAGCUUCAGACAAGCGUACCCCUCAGACACACAGACGGGCUAUGACUACUGUAGGCACAAAACCUUGCCUUGUCAAACAAACAGCAAUACGGCUGCCAUCUACUGAAUCUCCUGAAAGGAGUCCCAAACACUCUGCUCCAGUUCAUAUCUGUCCAUGGGAGUCAGAGGAGGUGGUCUUAGAGGUCAGGAAGCAGAAUUUGAACGACAUUGUAUUACAAAGACAAUAUAGUGACAAGCGAGUACUAUCUGCGACACUAAGUAAUGAUGUCUUCAACCCCCCUGAGUUCCAACUGACAUCAUUAUUGGCUGUUCCUAAUACAGAAGUGUGUCCAUGGGAUGUCCCAAAACCUUUUCAUCAAACCAGCGUCUCCGAAGUCUGUCCUUGGGAGGUUGUGGAAGUAGAGCAACUGCAAACCAAGAGCGUACAUACCGAUGUCUGUCCUUGGGAAACAGAUGGUGCGCCAUCAAGAGUCACUGAAGACAACAUAUAUAAUACCAAUGUUGAAGUCCCUAUGUCUGAAGACACCCAGAAGCAGGUAAAUGUGAAGCCUGAAGCAUGCUCUUCUUAUGUACUAGACACAAAUAUCUCUCAGGUAAGACAGGGAUCCAUCAAAACCUCUAGUCACUCAAUAAAACAUGGUGAAAGGGUAAUUUAUGUUAAUGCAAGACAAAGUCCAGUUGACCAAGCGAUGCAGAGACAUGCAGGUUCAGAGGAACCAAGUUAUAUACUGAAACGAGCAGAAAGUGAUUUUCCUGAACCACCCCCACCUGUAAUUGAUGUACGUCCUUGGGAGUCUGAGCCAAAUACAAAAGACGCUAGAAGACAGUCUUUAAAAGAGACCAUGCCUAAGAAAGCAACUGUUUGUCCUUGGGAAGCAGAGGAUUCUGGGAGGUCAGAAGAGAAGGUGGGUGCUACAAACAAGGGGCCAGUUCAUGUAAAUGUGUGUCCAUGGGAAACGAGUGAGUCUGUGAAGACCACACAGAAACAAGAAAGUGUCUGUGGAGAUGUCUGUCCAUGGGAGACAAGUGAAUCAGUCGAGACCUUACAGAAGCAAGAAGGUGUUUGUAAAAAUGUUUGUCCAUGGGAGACAGGAGAGCCAGUCAAGACUUUGCAGAAACAAGAAAGGGUCCAUCCAGAUGUCUGUCCAUGGGAGACAAAAGAGCCUCCAAAGGCCUUGCAGGAACAAGAAAGUGUUUGUGCAGAUGUUUGUCCAUGGGAGACAGGAGAGACAACAAAGACUUUGCAGAAACAAGGAGAUGUUUGUCCAUGGGAGACAGGAGAGACAACAAAGGCCUUGCAGAAACAAGAUAGUGUUCUUGCAGAUGUCUGUCCAUGGGAGACAGGAGAGAAAGCAAAGACAAUACAGAAACAAGAAAGUGUCCAUGCAGAUGUUUGUCCAUGGGAGACAGGAGAGACAACAAAGGCCUUGCAGAAACAAGAUAGUGUUCUUGCAGAUGUCUGUCCAUGGGAGACAGGUGAGCCAGUAAAGACCCUCCAGAAACAAGAAAGUGUCUACUCAGAGGCCUGUCCGUGGGAGGCAAAACAGUCACCCAAACAACCUGUGCCACAAGACUGCACUCAUGCCGUCUCAUCAAAAAGGCAAGACAGUGCUCAAGAAUCUGUUUAUCCCAGGGAAAAUGAUAUGGGAACACCACCAGCAACAGAAAGCAGCACUGCCCCAGAUAUAAGUGGGAUAUACCCUUCAGACACAGGCACACAGACAGCAGAAGAGAUGAAAGUUAACCCUCCUCUGGCUCGGCGUGAUGCACUGUGCCCUUGGGACAUGGGAGGAGGCAGACAAGAAUCUAUAACAGUGCUUGAUAAUGUAGAUGUCUUCACUUGGGAGGAGACGAUUCCAGAGGAAGAUGACGGUGAUGCAGAAAGUGCUGCAGAGGCCUUCAUCUUCCCUCCAGACAUGUGAACUGCGAGGGCAGUAUCAUUGUGCUUUAUAUAGCUCGAAAGACUCAUUGCGACAAAAUGGGACCAACUGGUCACACUUUUCAGCUUUAUGCAGAAUGGCCCUCCAAGUCAUCAGCACACUUCACUGACUGCUAUUUAAGAAAGGAUUCCACCUAUGGCAUCUUUCUCCCUCUUCAGCUUAACAAACCAUAUCUGAAGACUGACUGCUGUUAAGACAGACUGCUCUCCUGUGCACAUUCCCUUUUGGCCUUACAUUAACACAAACACCCUGUUUAAUUUGGUAUUGUUUUGUGUGUAUUUGUGUUCAUAUGGCUAUGUAGACUAUAUUGUCAGUAAAUCCUACAUCAACAACAUACCCUGGGUGGAACAUUUAGAAAGUCUGAUUUAACACAUUUUCAGUCAAAAAACAUUGCACUAAUAUUACUAAGUAACUACGUUAAGAGAUGAGCUGUCCUGUUAUACACAUCAAUGUUGCUAGUCUUAAAAGUUGUACAUGUUUAACAUCUGGUCUACUCAAAUGGUUUAGACAAACAUAAGUUUAACAGCAUUUGUAGCACGUUUCAUGUCUCAAAUAAGGCAUUUCAACCAAACUGGUUAAUUUACAAAUCUAAAGAGUAGCAGCAUGGUAUUUCCUGACAAGGAGCAAAGUAUUCAUUUAAAAAAAGCAUAACACUUUACAUUAUACUAUGUGAAAUUACAUAAUAACACAGACAGUACGUGUGAUCAAAAAAAUCUAAUCUUGUUCUAGGGCAAAGUACUCUUGAUCUAUAAAAAUAUGAUGAUUAAAUUUGAUUUGUUUUAACAUUAAUUACAUGAUGUUUCAUAGAACAGUUUUAAGUCCCCUUAUAUGAGGAUGUGAAAUUAAACGUUCAGGGUUUACAACACAAAUUUUGUCAAGACAUGUUUAAUUCAACCUAUUUACAUGCUGCUUCUGAAAAAUAAUAACCGAUAUAAACACAUGUAAUGACCAUUGGACUGCACUUGUAAUUCCUACCAGAGUUAGAUAAUUGAGUUUAUUUUUAAGUUAUUCUAUCAUUUUGACAGAACUUGCAAUGUCAACUUUUCAAACUCGGAACAUAAAGACUGUGCUUUUGUAUGAGGUACGAUUUUUGUAAGAACCAACAGUCAAUUUUCAACAGUAGCCAAAGGAAGUUUACAUUAACUUCUGUCGAUGUAAAAAAAUGCAACAUUUAUUUUUAUAUUCUUAAAAAUGUGUCAACUGAGUAUUCUGAAAUAAACUUUUA